AUGGAGCAUAAUUACUUGGCCAAAAAAAUUGUGGCAUUGGCUUUGGUUGCCAUUGUGUUAAGCAGUUUUAGCAUAGAAGUGUCGAGGGCACAGGGAAUAUGUAACGUAUCAGGAGAAGGUUUGAUGUCAUGUAAACCAUCCGUAACAACCCCGAACCCCUCGGCGCCUACAGCCAAGUGCUGCAGCGCACUGUCACAAGCAGACUGGGGAUGUCUUUGCUCUUAUAAGAAUUCUCAGUGGUUGCCUUCUUUAGGAGUUGAUCCAACACUUGCAAUGCAACUCCCUGAGAAAUGCAAAUUCCCUAAUCCUCCCCAUUGCUAA